UCAUCUUUGUUUCGGUCCAAUGAGGGACCUGCUUUGAUCCCAUUCGACUCCCCCCCCCGCGUGCGGCAGGUGUACACUGAGAAUUGAAUCUCUUGCUCGUCUUCCUCAAGACCUGAUCGAGGACAUGGGCCUGCUCGGCUUCCUGUCUGCGGCCAAAGAGCGAGCCGAAAAGUUCCUCAACGAGAAGAACGUCGUCACCGACUUCCUGGGGAAGGUCGAGGAGAAGACCGGAGUCAAGAAGAAGAUCCUCGCAGCCGGUGCCGUCUCAGUGACAGGAUUCUACCUGGUCUACGGUUACGGCGCCUCCCUGCUCUGCAACCUGAUUGGUUUCGCCUACCCGGCGUACUACUCAGUCAAAGCCAUCGAGAGUCCCAGCAAAGAAGAUGACACAAAAUGGCUGACCUACUGGGUGGUCUACGGAGUCUUCAGUCUGGGGGAGUUCUUUUCCGACAUUUUCCUCUACUGGUUCCCCUUCUACUACGCCUUUAAGGUAACCUCCUCACCUCCUUUACCUCCAACAUGCUGCACUUUUCUUCCGGUCUUGUCUUUGCCCGCAGUGUUUGUUCCUGUUGUGGUGCAUGGCCCCCGUGGCCUGGAACGGAUCCCAGGUCCUCUACAACCGAGUAGUCCGACCUGUUUUCCUCCGUCACGAAGCCACCGUGGACAACAUGUUUUGUCCACCCUGGUGAAGAGCAAAGCAUUGGUGUCGCUCGAAGCUAAAAGUCUGCCGAGUGCAUCUGGAGAAAGCUCGGCGGGAAGAAAAAAUGCAUCUCCUCCGACCGAAGAGCAAGCGCCUUUCCUGGGCUAACCAGCAGGUAAGCUAGCAGUUCGCAUGCUAGCAUGCUCGGCUCCCUGACCCUUUCACAAUACUAAGUUCCCUUUAAUUGUGCCCCACCCACUCAUUGUUCUAUCCACGCAUGCCCCACCCACUCCUGUAGCAUAUUCGCACCAGUCAUUUGAAAUUGCCCCGUUGUAUGUAUUUCCAUCUUUGCCGUAUGUUAGCAUAACAGCUGUUAGCAUGUUUGCAUUUGAGCUAUCCUCUUUCGAGAUGAUAUGCAACCGCAGGAGGAAAUGUCAAAUCCUCAUCAAUCUGCCUCAGCGCUUUCUGUAGCUUAGCAUUUGAGCAACAGUUGCCGUUUUGAAAUUGUCCCGUUGUCUUCAUAUUAUUUGAGCGCCGAGAGGAGGAGGAGGGGCCUGAUCCAAAGGAGGAGGAGCUACUUGUCACACCUUUUCCUUCUGCUGUUCCUUUUUUUUUUUGUCUUUCUACUAACAGAAGUGACACAAACUUUAACAUUUUCCCUAUCAAUUAAAAUGC